CGGGGUCGGGAGAGCCAUGGACGGCGGCGGCGGAGGGCUGCCCACCGCCCUGGAGAAGAACGCGGCGGAGCUGACGGUGAUGGACGUGUACGACAUCGCCUCGGCCGUGGGGCAGGAGUUUGAGCGGGUGAUCGACCAGCACGGCUGCGAGGCCAUCGCCCGCCUGAUGCCCAAGGUGGUGCGGGUGCUGGAGAUCCUGGAGGUGUUGGUGAGCCGCAACCACAUCAACCCCGAGAUGGAGGAGCUGCGCCUGGAGCUCGAUCGGCUCCGCCUGGAGAGGAUGGACCGCAUCGAGAAGGAGCGCAAGCACCAGAAGGAAUUAGAACUGGUGGAAGAUGUCUGGAGAGGUGAAGCACAGGACCUUCUUACCCAAAUUGCACAGCUGCAGGAGGAGAACAAGCAGUUGAUGACAAAUUUGUCUCACAAAGACAUUAAUUUCACAGAAGAGGAAUUUCAGAAGCAUGAAGGAAUGUCAGAGAGAGAACGGCAAGUUAUGAAGAAGCUGAAGGAAGUUGUAGAUAAACAGAGGGAUGAAAUCAGAGCAAAGGACCGGGAACUCGGACUUAAAAAUGAGGAUGUAGAGGCUCUUCAGCAGCAACAGAACAGGUUAAUGAAAAUUAACCAUGACCUGCGGCACCGCAUCACAGUUGUCGAGGCUCAGGGAAAGGCACUGAUUGAGCAGAAGGUGGAGUUGGAAGCAUAUCUGCAAACCAAGGAGCAGGAGAUGGGCACCCUGCGAGCAGAGCUGGGGAAACUGAGGGAAAAACUGCAGGGUGAGGACAGCCAAAAUGGGGAGGAGAUACAGACAGAGCCAAACAAUGAUGACUGCCUCUCGGAGUCAGAAAAGAUGGCAAUGGACUUAAAAGAUCCGAAUCGUCCAAGAUUCACCUUGCAGGAGCUCCGAGACGUCCUUCAUGAGAGGAAUGAAUUGAAAUCUAAAGUGUUUUUACUUCAAGAAGAGCUUUUAUAUUACAAAAGUGAGGAAACAGAAGAAGAAACUAGACCCCCUCAACCUACACCCAUAAUUCAGUCAAAACCCUCAACUCAGCCUGAGUCUGGAAUCAAACGACUGUUUAGUUUCUUCUCUCGUGAUAAGAAACGUAUGCAGGCAUCACAGAAAAACGUCCAUUUCCAGGAUACUUUUCGUGAAUGGUCAAAUUCAAAUAAAGAUGACACCUACACAGAGCAAGGACAAGAAGCCCUGCAACACCUGUGACUAAAAGCCUGAGCUUCCUGCAGAACAUCUCAACAGUGUAGUAACAAGAAGCUUCUGUGAACAGAUCUGGCAGUUCAUGGUCUUUAUUUGCCUUGCACGCUGCAGUGGUUGUGUUCCAGAUGAACUCCUCAAAAGGGAUCACUCACUGUUUACUUGGUGACUGCUGAAAACGGAAUCCAAGCUUUGUAGGAGCAGUUGAUACCCGGGGACAUUGAAGCUUCUAGAUGACUUGUUUUGUGCUGAAUAACAAGUCUAUGGUCUUGUUUGUGCAUUAACUACAGUAACACAAGCUUAUCUAAACCAAAAAAAAAAGACCUGUGCCAUUAUUAGAAGUUUGUUUGCGGUGUACAAUAUCUAUUGGCAAAGACUCUGUCACCUUAUUUGUUAAAACUUUUGGUUGUUUGCUUUUUUGUAACUUAGUAAGAAUUUUUUCAAGAGGGUUACCACAGCUGGCCGCUCUCCCUGCAGAUUGUAGCACUGCUGUGUCCUGUCCAGUUCACUCCUGCAUUUUGCAGAGUAACCCCUUGGAAAUCCACCUGAUAGAAAAUGACAAACUGGAGUAGCCUCAAGAGGGAUAAGGAAUGUACAUUUCCCUUGAUGCUUACAGUGCCUAAAGCAUGAAGAAACCCACGUGUGAGGUGAGCGUGCCUUGCUUUUUGCCAUGAGUUCUGCAGUAGUAAUGGAAAAAGAAUUGCUUACAAGGAAGAAUUCUAACACUUGAAUUUUUUCUUUCUUACCAGAGACUUUUCCCUAGAGUAGCAGACAGCUGCCAUAAAGGAGUUAGGUCCCCUUCCCAUAGGCAGGUUUUGAUUUAAGUCACACUCCACUUUUCUGUCUAGGUAAGACUGCCUAACUUCAGAGUAAAAGACAUCCUCAGCUGACAUGAGCUAUCUUAACUGACUCUGAGAUGACCCCAGCUCAAAAUGUUUUCUUUUUUCUGACUACCCUAAAUAUUACUUAGGCUGGCAGAGAUGUGUUCUGUAUGUGCAGGUUGCUCCGCUGGCAUUGACUGAUGUGUGGGCAGCCAGCAAGCGGAGGAGCUUAACUCUUAACUCACCAUCAAAAGCCCAGCACGUGAAUGCAUCUGAACUGGCAGGAGGUGGGGUCUACAUCUGCUUUGCAAUUAAUCAUGCAAGACCCUUGGGGCUGACCAAGGUCAUGCUUGCCUAAACCAGAACACUAAAGCCCCACGCAGCAUAAUUACUACGUGUGCACGGUCUGUGGCAGUGCACAACCCAGCUUUGCACCUGUGGGCAAUUUGUGCAGGCAGAGCUGGAUGCAGGUGGCUGAGGAUGUCCUGAAGAAUACUUAGAUAAGAGCAAACCAGAAGGUUCAGUGCAGGCCAGUUGCACUCAGUCCAGGAUGAUCCAGCAACAGGUUUGUUAAUGCAUACAGGCAGCAAAUCCAGGCUCUUAGCUCAUCUGAUGUGAAGCUGUGCAAGCAAAUCAGUUUUCACAACAGUGGGCUGAAUGCUGCUCUGCUCCUGUGUGUAACUGCUCAUGUUGAACACAGACCUUCAGCACAUCGUAGGGUGAGCAUUUACUGUGCCUGCCAGUUGUCACUGACAUUGCCUGGGGCAGGAGGGAGAAACGUGGCCUUAUAUCAAAGGCAUUUCCAUUUGAUGUAGCAACAGUAGCAUUUGAUGCUAGUAUUAGGCAGAGAGAAUUUUGCCUGGUUACGUUUUGGUAACACUUCUUAAGUUUUUUAUGCUUACAGAAAACUUUUCAUUAAAGCAUCACUUCCCUCCCUUGCAUGAAAGGCAAUUCUCAAAUGGAGGGAAGACUUGCUGUAAUACUUCAGUUGUGAAGAUCCCGAUUUCACUUUCAGAAAAAGCACACUAUAGUUGUAGGCAGUUCAAAUAAAUUGUGAAUGAUUCCCAUCUCACUCUAGCAUAGUUUACAGUCAUUUGACACAUUGAGAGAUUUAGAGAUGCAGUGAACAGAAACAAUGAAAGAUGCAGCAGAUUCACAGCCUGAAUAAGCACAUCACUUUUCAAAUUAAGCUAAGAGCAACGAACUGAGACAACAGAAAGACAGGCUGAGCUGUUUUCCCCCAGCAUCUAAGCUCAUAUAUUAAAAACCAGCUGUCCUGGCCUAGUGCACGUAAAGCUGGUCCCACACACUAGAGCCCCGCACACUAUUGUUGGGUCAAAUCCGCAGCCAAUUUCAAACAAUGACACUAAGCAGUACAACCUUCCCCUAUUUAUCUCUGAGCCCAUUACCUCAAAAAUCUAAUUAGUUACUCCUGCUAGCAUUAACCACUCCGCUCCUCGUCCUCAUGUUAGAAACACCAAGUUAAUACACAUAAAGCGCCAUCAGAAAGGAUGGCAGAUAGGGAUGAGUACGUAAAGGGUUGAAGACCUAUCAUGUAGAUUCUCAAUAUUUAGCUAAAAUCUGCUUGUAAAAAGGAAGGCAGGAUGUUGCCAGGUAAAGGGCGUAACAAUCCUGUCUCCAAAGCGCAGGAUCACUGAAGUUGUUUGGGGGUUUUUUUGUGUGUUUUUUUGUUCUGUUUCGGUUGGGCAGUAAAUCAUUUUAACAGUUUAAUAAAUAUUUCUGAGAAAUGA